GUUUUCUUACGCUGAAUGUUGCUGGCAACAUUCAAUUUCUAUGGGCCAGAGUCGUGUGCCGAGAAAUCGAGCAGCACUGUGUGGGCUGGGGCGAGAGAUCUAGAUAGCUAGUGGUAUUCCAUAUCAAAAACGAGGAAUUCGUAAAAUAUAACUUUCAGUCGUCAGUAUAUUUCCAGUAUAUUUUAAAAAAAGAAGCUAUAUUUUGAUAUAUUUCCGUGGAUCGGACGGUGUAUUUUAGCGAUAAGUCCGCGGUCACACUGCCUGGUGCGCGACUUGAAGCCGACUGUGUGUGUGUGUGUGGUCGAGGUAGAGAGAAAAGUGGAAAAGCAGAGAAGCAAGGAAGCAAAGAAUAGAGAAUAGGCAGCGCGGAGAUCGAGGAAGAAAAAGCCCAGUUUGAAUCGGUGCGAAAACAGUUGCACGAAGUGGCAAGCCCCAAACCAAAAGUACGAAGAAACAAUUUGCAGCAUUGCCGUGGACGUGCGUGUGACUGGCAGCAACAGUAAAUUCAAACGCAACCUCGUCGGCCCUCACAUAACAGCCCCACACACUGCCUUUAGCCGCGUCGCUUCGCAUUGCGCAUUACGCUACGGCAGCGGUUACGUCGUGCGUGCUGUGCCUCUCAUCUUUCUGUUCGACGGUGCGUGUGUGUGUGCGUAAGGUGUGGUGUAUAUAGAAAAUCGAUUGCAAUUGAACCAACGCCGCAGUCGCCGUAGCAGCAGCCGCGUGUGCCGUUACGAUUUUUUCCAUUACCAACAUUUCUGCGCCGUUCUGCGGUUUUUUUUUUUGUUAAAUCAAUCCACCGCCCGCCGUUUUCUGCAACAUAUCAAAUAAUUGUUUUAAAUAUUUUUUGCCUGUGCCACCCGCUUUUCGGUGAUUGCGUGUGGGUGGGUGUGUGUGUGUGCGUGCGUGUCGUGCGUUGAAAGGAGAUAGAGAAGAAGCAAGAGCGUUAUCGCUCCAUCUCUCUCUCCUAGUUCCGUUCCGGAUCGAAAAUGGAUAAGCGAACAACAAAAACCACAACGAACACGGCCCCGGCCGAUGCCCAGAAUGAGGCAACAGCAGCGGCAACACAGCCAAAUGCUGGGUGUGGCAGCACCACCAACACCACCACCACCACCAACAACAAAAACAACAACAGUGGCACCACCACAACUAACGGCACCAGCAGCAACAACUGUAACGGGAAUAGGAGCCACAGCAACGGCGUCGCCUUGCAGCGUUUAUCAUCAUCGACUACAACAACAACAACAAGUGUAAAUGGCAACGCCACAAGCAACGGCAACGGAAGUGGAAGUGGCAGUGGCUCCUCCAACGCUGGCAUGCUGAUUAACCUCAAUAUCAGCACCACCACCGGCGGCAACUUUGCCGUCAGCGUGGAGCCGCACAUCAACGUGGAGAGCCUCAAGAAGAUCAUCGCCAAAAAGCUGAAGGUGGCAAAGGAUCGCAUAUGUCUGCUGCACCGUGAAAAAGAACUACAGGAUGGGACACUCAAAGAUCACAACUUAAUGGAUGGUUCCAAGAUCAUUUUAAUACCAAAUGUCGAAACUGGUUUACUGGCCCAGCGACCGGAGAACACGGUGAUGCAGGCCCUUGAAUCGCUCAACGACUCGCAGGUCAACGACUUCCUCAGCGGCAAGACUCCGCUCAAUCUGAGCAUGCGCCUGGGCGACCACAUGAUGCUCAUCCAGCUCCAGCUGAGCACCGUCAAUCCGAGUGCCGCCACUGUGGUGUCCGCCUCGGGCGGCGGCGGGUCCGCCUCUGCGGGUGGAAGCUCCUCCUCCUCCAGCAGCUCCAGUUCCAACGCGACUUCUGCAGCCGCCGCCUCGACAGCCGGCGGCGGCUCCACCUCCUCCGCCGCCGCCGCCGGAUCUUCAGCCGUGCUGGUGGGGGGCGGUGGCUCAUCCAACAGUAGUUCAUCAUCGCACACACGUGCUCGGCCGUCCGGCCAGCGCCUUGGCAAGAUCGGGCAUGGCCACGUGCACAGCCAUCAGCAUCCGAGCCUGCAUCACGGCUCCUGGCACGGCCACGCGCACGGCCAUGGGCACGGGCACGGUCACGGGCACGGGCAUGGGCAUCACCAUCAUCACCACCACCACCAUCACCAUCACCACCAUCACAACGCCUCGGCGGUGGCCGCCGGCACCGGCGGGGGCAUGUCCUCGCUUCGCAAGAUGUACGUUGAGCUUCCCAGCUCCAGUCCCAGCACCAACACGAGCUCCAGCUCCAGCUCCAGCACGGGAGGGGGAGGAUCGAGUGCUUCCAGGGGCAAGCAGGAGGGCCAGGGACAUUGCCAGGGCCAGGGACAUGGCCAGGGCCUCAUCAAUGCACCCGAUUUGACCAAACUGCUGAUCAAGGGCGGCAUCCAAAACAUUGUCAAGAGCUUUGCCCUCAAGGAGACCACGCGCGCCUCAGCCAACGGAUCGGCUGGGUCCUCCGGAUCGUCAGCUGGGCCCGCCACCGGGAAGAGCCUGCUGGAGCAGUCGCCCAUCAAAUCGCUCUCGAAUCUCGUCUCGAGCCCCAUCAAGAUGACGGGCAUCAAGAACAUUCCCUCGGGCUCGGGUUCGGGCUCGAGCUGCAGCUGCAGCUCCACCGCAAACCCUGCCACUGCACCUGCUUCCACCUCCAGUUCCGCCUCCGCUUCGUCAGGAGCAUCGGGUGGCGGGGUCUGCAGCAGCAACGGCUGCCAACAGGAUCCGAUAGCCGCCAAGCUGACGUCGUGCCUCUGCACGCGCCUGGCCACACCGCCAGCUGGACAGACGACGGACUCCACUGCCUCCACUGCUGCACCUGCAUCUGUUUCUGCCUCUGCCUCUGCCACCGCCCCAAUGGCACCCAGGUCUAACAAAUGCCCCGACAGCUGCAUUGGCUUCGCUGCAUCCCGCUCCUCGGCCACGACCAGCGGCAGCAUCAGCGGCGGCGGCAGCCUCGGGGUCACCUUCUCCGGUAACUCGAUGAUGCACAAGACGGGCAACAACCGCAUUGCGCGCUCCAAGCACCGCCACUUCCACAGCCACAGCAGCCAGAAUCAGUUCUACCAGCAGCCGUGCGUGAAUGCCGCCGCCUUCUCCGCCUCGGGAUCGGGAUCGGGGUCGGGAUCGCGUCGGAAGCAGGAGCAGGCUGGAGCAGCAGGACCCACAGCAGCUCCAGUGGCAACAACCACGCCCCAGGCCACCGUCUCGGGCUCCGCCUCCUCAGAGCUGGAUGAGGCAUCGCUGGGUGUGUCCGACACCCGGACACUGGCCGAGGCAUCGCGCAAUCUCACCCAGACGCUGCGCAAGCUCUCCAAGGAGGUGUUCACCAACAAGAUCGAUCUGUCCGGGGCCAGUGUGAGCAGCCCCAGCAGCGGCGGUGGCGGCGGCGGCUCCUCCUCCUCGGGGUCCGGCGGCAGUGGUGGCAGCCACGUGGCCGGCGGCUCUUCGGGGGGUGCAGGCGAUGAGACGCCCAGAAAGGGCGGAUCCGGGGCCGUCAUUGAGUCCAUGAAGAACCAUGGGAAAGGCAUCUACUCUGGCACCUUCUCGGGCACCCUAAAUCCCGCCCUGCAGGACCGCUACGGUCGCCCCAAGCGCGACAUUUCGACGGUGAUUCACAUUCUCAACGAUCUGCUGAGUGCCACGCCCCAGUACAGUCGCGCGGCGCGCAUCAGCUUCGAGACACCCAGCGGCACGGGUGGUGGCUCCGCCUCCAGUGGGUCCGGAUCCUCGUCUGCAUCCACCUCCUCCUCUGCUGCAGCAGCAGGAGCUGCAGUCAGUGGACUGCAUCAUGGAUCCCGCGGUAAAAUUUACUCAUCGAAGCACCACAACUGCGUGAAGUGCAGUCGCGCCCACCAAUACACAGCCGUGUCGACAGCCCUGACUGGCGGCUACUCCGCAUCGAAGGCAUCCGCCGCCGCAGCAGCAGCCGCCGCCGCAGCACUAUCCUCCGCCUCCACAUCGUCCAAGUCCGCGCACAGCUGCUGCCUCCUGGAGGGCAGCAAUGCCAACGGCAGUUCAACAGCAACAUCGGCCUCCAUCCACAGCAAUGGGAACGGGAAUGGAAAUGGGAAUGGCUGCAGCUGUCGUUAUCGCCUUGUGGCCGGCGGGGAGGAGCGCGAACGCGAGAAGGAGCACACGUGCCAGAAGUGCACCCAGGAGCUGGACAAUCUCAAGACCAAGUCGAAAAUGGACCAGCUGCGCCUGGUCAUGCAGCAGCACAAGCAGAAGCGCGAGGCGCGCAAACUGAAGAGCGGACCCUACGCGGUCAAUGUCAGCCAUGUGGCUGCGGGGGCCAGUGCGGGCGCUGAGGCUGCCUCUGUGGGCGCGGGCGCCCAGUACAGUGCAGUGAGUGCCCUGGUGGCCACUGCUGCCCAGGGAACAGCCGGAGGAGGAGCCGCAGCGGUAGGAGGAGCGGCGGCAGCAGCAGCAGCAGCUGCAAAUACCACAACAUCCACCACAACAACCACCGCCACAGCCACAGCAGCAUCGGGGGCCAGCAGCGAGGUGCCGCCCAAUCACAUUGUGGAGGAGGUGGACACGGCUGCCUAAGCAACCCCUCAACGAACCCCUCAACCCCCCAACCUUGUCCUAUUUGUUUAGCAUUUACUAGUUUAUGCUUGAAGCUUGUUCCACAAGCAACAGAACACAAUCCACAUCAACACGAAGAAAGAAAGAAGAAACAGAAAGAGGAACCGAAAGAAGAAAGAAAAAGAGUUACGGAAUAGAAGCUUAAGCUUGUAAUCAUCUAAUUAUAUAUAGUGUAUAACCAGGCGAUCCCUAUAUUUGUGGAUGCUAUGACAUGAACUCCACCAUCCACCAUCCACGAUCCACUCGUUGCUCUGCCACCCAGCGACGGCGGAGAGGAGAGGAGAGAGUGAAAGGGGAGUGGAGCUGUUAAAUUAAUUGUAAGAAUUAUAAUUGAGAACACACAAAAAUCAGAACCAGAAACAGAAACAGAAACACAACCACAAGAUGAGAAUAAUAUAAUGUUGUAAAAGGCACUCGGCCCCAGGGCGGAGGAGUGCACAAAAUCAUAUUUGUAAAUGGAAUUUAGUUAAAUUUGUUUGUUCUAUCUGAGGGAAAACAGAAGCUUUUCAGAAAGAAAACAAAAAAGGGCACCACUCUACUCCAGAGAAGAGAGAGAGUGGCGAGUGGAGAGGGGGAGAAUCCAAAAAACGGAACACACACUGCAUAAAAUAAUUAUUAAAGUAACCGAAAGGAAGAUGGAGAGAAAUUCAGCAAACCAUUUGAUAAAUUAUAGGAUAUAUCCCUCCCCCCUCCCUCCCCCACACUUAAUGCAAGAACAACAAAAAAAAAACCAUAAAUUAGAAUUUACUUUAAGGACACACACACACAACCACACACACACACAUAUAUAUGUACAUGGCUUUGGCAGCUUUAUAUUCAAUAUUAUGUUAAAACUUAAUUACGAGAGAACGAGAGAGUAUCGAUCGCUUUAACCUGAUUUGCCUUAAUAGAAAAUCGUUUUUUUUUUCCCCCGCCUUUCUAUAUCUAUAUAUAUAGAUAUUUAGAUUUCUUUUUCGUUUGAAAGAGUAUUGUUUUUGUUUGUUUCUGACGGACAAAUUGUGUUUUGCGAAACAUGGACGGCGAAGGAUAAUGAAUAGGGUUGACCACCCACCCAUCCACAGCACCAACACCCCCACCACCACACACACGGCACCCAAUUACUGUCUAUUACUAUUGAAUUAGUUAGUAAGAAGUACCUAUGUUUUUCUAUUCUAUUAAUUUUACUUUUGUGAACACACCACCCUAAUGCUAUAUCAAUAAUCAGUAAUCUUUAAUCUGUAAUCUUUAAUCUUUAAUCUAUUGUCGUUUAUUGUUUAUCGUUUAUCGAUCGAAAGUGAAUUGUAUCGUAGUUUAGUUUGCAACAAGUCGCAGGAUAAUGCAGCCGAUUUAUCAGUUAAUCACUUUGGACUAUAGAUACUAUAUACAUAUUAUUGGAUACGUACACUAAUUAUUAUUAUGAUUAUUUUUUUUUUAUUGUUCGUUGUUCAACACUUACACUCGUACUCGUAACCCGAUUUCAAGCCGAUAUUCACAAGCAGAAGGAGAAUGCAAUUAGUUUUUAGGCAAGUUUAACUUUUGAUUUGUCGACUGGAGUAUCGAUUCGAAUCCCCAAACCCCCACCACCACAGCAGGAACAGCAACAACAACAACAACAACAACAACAACUACUUUUGAUUUCAAUAAAUGUUUAGUAAAUGGUUAAGUUAA